GAGGAGCCGCUCCCACGGAUUCCUCUUCUCUCACAAUAUUAACUAACAUCUACGAACGGCCCGCCUCCCUCCCUCUCUUUCUCUCUCUCCGGAUUCGCGCGAGCGCCUUGCUCUGAAGAGCUUCUGAUUUCGGCAUCUCAAAAACCCUAGGGCAUGUAUGACUCCUGAUUGUGCAAUAUGGAUUUAGAAGAAAAAUUCAUGGCUAGAGGCCUCAACCUUCAAUACGGGCUCAAAGUUCUAAAAAAUCCUUCCAUUUGCUUGAAGAAAAUUAGAUGAUGAAGCAGAAGCUUUUUGUAAAGCUAGAGAAAGCAAAAGCCAAAGAUUCCUUCAAUUUGCUCGGCCAAUAGAAGGUUCACCCUUCAAUGUGCUUGCAAAUUAAAGAUUGAGGAUUUUCCUUUCGAAGAUACUUCUUUGAUGAACUUCAACUGUAGCUCAACCAUAGGCACGUAAUCUCCACCUUUUCUCCUACAAACAGAGAGGAUUCUAGCAAUGCAAUAAAUUAUUUCGGGGUGAAUACUAUAUCCUUAUCCAACAAGUUAGAAAGUUUCUGGUGUUCAAAGCCUUUCUUCAAGUGUGCAAAGCACUCCGGAGAAAUAUGGGCAUUCUGAUGAUGUUUCUAAAAGUCCAGAGCUUCUCCAAGAGUUCCUGAAAUCGGGUCCAAAAAAGGAGCUUCUACGAACCCUUGUUAAAAAGGAGCAGAAAAUUUUGGUAUCGGCAAAAAGCAAAAUGACAGAACUUCGAAGAAUAAACAACAAGGCAGUUAAGAAGCAAGACACAAAAAAGGUUGCAUCUAGCCUCAACAAUCAGUCUUCAUCUAGAAAGCAACUCAGAAAGGCGGAAAAUCCUUCUCGUCUACCCAUAGUUACCGACCAGUCUACGGAUUUUGGGCAUUCUAAUUCCUGGAUUUGUAAAAACUCGGCUUGUAAAGCUGUUCUUUCAAUUGAUGACACUUUUUGCAAGAGAUGCUCUUGCUGUAUUUGUCACCUGUACGAUGACAAUAAGGACCCUAGUCUUUGGCUGGUAUGCACUACCGAAUCGGGUGAAGGAGAUUCUUGUGGGUUAUCUUGUCACAUUGAGUGUGCUAUUCAACGUGAAAAGGUUGGGGUUGUUGAUCUUGGACAAUUGAUGCAACUUGAUGGCAGCUACUGUUGUGCCUCUUGCGGUAAAGUCACCGGGAUACUUGGAAGUUGGAAGAAACAGCUGAUUAUAGCACGGGAUGCUCGUCGAGUCGAUGUACUUUGCUAUAGGAUCUACAUGAGUUACAGGCUCCUAGAUGGGACUUCGAGGUUUAAAGAAAUGCAUGAAAUUGUAAAGGAUGCGAAGGUCAAAUUAGAAGCUGAAGUUGGUCCAUUGAAUGGAAUUUCAGCCAAGAUGGCUCGUGGUAUAGUCAGUAGACUCUCGGUGGCAGGUGAUGUGCAGACACUCUGUUCUUUGGCAAUUGAAAAUGCAGAUAAAUGGCUGGCCACUGCUCCUCAUGUGAAUCCUAAUUACAGAGAGGAUUCUCUUCCAGCUGCUUGUAAGUUUUUGUUUGAAGAGAUAGCAUCUUCAUCUGUUGUAAUGAUUCUUGUUGAGCUGUCUAAUGCAUCAUCAAACAGUGUCAAAGGAUACAAACUCUGGUAUGGUAAAAAUAGAGAAGAAUUGCACAUGAAAGAUCCCAUUUGUGUAUUUCCAAGAUCUCAAAGGCGAAUUAUGAUAUCCAAUCUGAAGCCAUGCACGGAAUACACCUUUAGAAUCAUUUCAUAUACUGAUAAUGGCGACUUGGGUCACUCCGAAGCAAGGUGCUUUACUAAGAGUGUGGAGAUAAUUUCCAAAAAUUCAAAACUGGCAGCCAGUUCAUAUUGUAAAAGAGAGCAUGCUCAUAUUGAAGGAAGUUCUUGUAGCAAGAUGGGGCCUGACAACACCAAAGUUUUUGGGUCGCCAUCUCAGUUUAAGGUUCGAGAUCUUGAAAAGAUUCUGCAUCUUCCUUGUGAUCAAGAUCAGGGCUACAAUGAAGGGUUUUGCUGUGCUGAUGCUGAAAAAUGCUGUGGAGGAGUAGGCAAGGUGGUCAAACCUGAAACCCCAGAAGAACAGCUGCCACCUGUUUCCCGUGAUCUCGACUUGAAUGUGGUCUCAGUUCCCGACUUGAAUGAAGAGGUAACUCCUCCGUUCGAGUCCUCGAGAGACGAGGACGAUGAAUGCACAUUGCAGCAGGUUGUUGAGGCAGAUGACGAUGCUGCAUCUCAUGACAAGGAAAAGAAUGGUCUGGUGAGAUCGCACGGUAGCGGCGACUCUCAAACAUGGACGGGCGGGAGGAGAGGUGAUGCAUCUGCUGUUGAUUCCGGGGUGGCAUUGUGCAGGAAAAGGGGUAGCAGCUCGAAUGAAGAGAUUCAUGAUUGUGACAGCACUCUGAUAAAUGGAUCUCCAUUCCGGAAUUCCAUUGGUUCUUGUUGUUUGGAUGAGAAUUUUGAAUAUUGUGUAAAGAUAAUCAGAUGGCUAGAAUGUGAAGGAUAUAUAAAGCAGGAAUUCAGAUUGAAACUGCUAACAUGGUAUAGCUUGAGAUCAACCGAGCGCGAACGACGAGUCGUUAACUCCUUUAUUCAAACCCUCAUUGACGAUCCUUGCAGCUUGGCAGGGCAGUUGGUUGAUUCAUUUUCUGAUAUCAUUUCCUGCAAGAGGCUGCGAAGCUAAUUAAGCCAGAAGUUCUAGGGACGGGCGGGACGGGACGGGACGGGAUGAGACGGAAUAAGGGCGUCGCCUUCUAACUUAGAUGAUGAUUGCUGUUGGCCAUAUUGUAAAAGUUACUCAAUUUACAUUGACCUCCCUAUUGUUUUCCAUUCUUGUGCAGGUAUUUUUAUCCCAUGCUAAAAAUUGGAUCGGCCGUUGUAGAAGUGAUUUGCUAUUGGAGGUAAUGCUUGGAGGCAUUUGUUUAUCUCUCAAAGACUCCAACUGCAUUUGAAACAUAACAUUAUUAUAAUUUAAUGAUGGAGGAUAUAUAUGUUAUUUAGAGUC